AUGUUCAGCUCCUCCAGCUCCUCCCAAUACUCGCCCUACGGCCACGACUCGCAAUACGGGCGCAGCACGAGCGCAACGCCCGGGCCGGCACAAGGGAGCCACGGUUUUGGCGGCGCUGGCACGGCUGGGCACGGGCACGGGCACGGGCUUAAUGCGAGUGCGAGCACUUGGGGCGGAGCGUCGAGUGCGGGUGGGAUGAAUGAUAGUUUUGGCGGAAGCAGGAGCACGUAUCAGCAGGGUUAUAUCUUGUCCGCGUCGCAGAACAACAAUGCACCAUCUACUAGUCCUCGAUUCGAAGAGUUGCCGGUCGUACAGACCAAAGCGAAGAUGAACUCGUCGCUUGCGCGCGCGCCGACGGUAGAGUUUGGGAAGGACCCUAUGUUCGAGAGCUCCAGGCGUAUGCAAGCUCUAGACGAAGACGCGCCGCCCACCGCCUCAGUCAACGACAUCGUAAACGCCACCCGCGCCGACACCUACACCUCCCGCACCCGCACCUUCGAAACCUCCUUCUUCGCCUCCUCCUCCCGCCCCCCAGCCCCGCAAACCACCACCUCCAACAGCAUCCCCGACCCGCUCUACGUGAUCGUCUUCGGCUACCCCUCGGACAAAUACAGCCUCACGUCCUCCUACUUCGCCCAGCUGGGCUCCAGCACCCCCGCCGAGCCCGUCCCCGAACUCCUAAACGCCUUCAAAAUCGGGUACAGCAACCCGUCCGACGCGUUGCGCGCGGUACGCAAGAACGGCGAGAUUCUGGCCGGGCAGUGGAUGGUGGGCGCCAAAUGGGAGAACCAAGCCAAGGCGGAGAGCGUGCUGGGCUCGAGCCUGUUCAUCUCCACCUCCCCCGGCGCACUCGGUCCGGGUCAGUCCCAAAGUGGAAGUGGAGGAGACGGGAUGGCCGUAGACGAGCCGCCGUCCGCCAUCGCGCGUACUUCCUCGGGCGGCCCGCGCACACCCGUGGGCGGAGGCGCCGGGGGCGCUUACACGCCCGUGCGACUGGCGCCGGCAGCGUCGGCGUUCAGAAAGCCUGGGACGGCGCCUGCCACGCCCGCUGCGGCCGCGAACGGCAGCGGCGCUGGGCCGGGGCCGACGCCCGCGUCGACGCCGAGUAAGGGUGUGCUGGGACAGGUUUCGGAUAUGAUAUUCGGCUGGUAG